GGAAAACGACAAAAAUUCACCAGAGAAACAAACGUGGAGCACAAUGGAGGAGCUCCUCCUCGCCUGCGCCGUUCACCGUCACGGUACUGAUUCAUGGGACUCCGUCGCUUCUGAAAUCCAUAAGCAGAACCCCAAUGUUCGUACACUCACCGCCAUCGACUGUCGUCACAAGUACAACGAUCUCAAGCACCGAUUCUCCCGUAACCUGGCCUCGCCGGGAUCUGCUGAUGACGAAACCCUCGCCGCCGAGAUCUCUUCUGUUCCUUGGCUUGAGGAGCUGAGAAAGCUCCGUGUGGAUGAACUCCGACGAGAAGUCGAACGUUACGAUCUAUCCAUCUCGUCCUUGCAGUUGAAGGUAAAGAGAUUGGAAGAUGAGAGAGAGAAGAGCUUGAAAACCGAGAAUUCAGAUCUAGAUAAAAUCGCGGAGACGAAAGAGAACCACAGUGAAUCGGGAAAUAACUCCGGCGUACCGGUCGCCGAGCCGACAAAUUCUCCAGAUCCGAAUGAUAAUAGUCCCGGAACCGGAUCUGAGAACACGAACAGAGAUGUUAAAAUCGCUGAACCAGUGGACGAAGAACCGAACCGGAUCGACGGAAAAGGCAACGACGAGAAGCCGGUCAGAGAGGAUUCGGGUAGAGGAAGUUGCGAGAGCGUGGCCAAGGAAUCGGAUAGAGCAGAACCAGAAAGAGAGGGAAAUGACUCGCCCGAGUUCGUUGAGUCAAUGGACGAGUCGAAAGGAGAGGAAGAUAGGAAAGAAACGAGUGAUGGGCAGAGCUCGGCGAGCUUACCGAGAAAGGAGACGGUAGACCAGCACCAACCGGAUAACGAGGAUCAAUCUCUGACCGUCAAUAAGAUCCCCGUUGAAUCUCAGCCGUUGACUGAUUUUAUCGAGAUUCUUCAGUCUCACCCCAUUGGCUCUCACUUUUCGCGCCGGCUCGAGAGCCAGUUGCAGGAAACAUCCGAGUACGAAAGGAUAAUAAGGCAGCACAUAGACUUUGAGAUGAUUCGAAGUCGUGUGGAAGAAGGUUACUACAAAACCUCCAGGAGCAAGUUCUUUCGGGAUUUACUGCUACUAAUCAACAAUGUGAGAGUUUUCUAUGGCGAGCCAUCUUCUGAGCUUAAUGCCGCAAAGCAGCUUUACCAGCUUAUCAAGAAACAGAUGAGUCUCAAUAUUCCUAAUCAAACCUUACCAACACCAAAAGAGGAAUCCUUGGUGACGUCUAAGGAGGAAGUCACAGUCUCUUCUCUAAAACCAACACUUUCAGUGCCUAUUAUAGCUUGUCGGAAACGUAGUUCCUUGGCUGUUAGAUCUUCAGCGUCUGUCACUGAAACUUUUAAGAAAAAGACUAAAGUAGUUCCAACAGUCGAUGAGAAGCCAGUUUCAGAAGAGGAGGAAGAUGGAACCUCUGAUAAAGAUGAGAAACCUAUUGUUUCUAAGAAGAUGACUAGAGGAGGAGCACCCUCAGCAGCUAAAUAUGUAGGGAGCAGAAACGUUAAGACCAGUUUGAAUGCUGGUAUCUCUAGUAAAGGCCGGUCUUCAAACGAUAGCUCUGUGCCGAAGAAAAGUGUUCAAGAAAAGAAGGGUAACAACACGAGUGGUGGCUCAAAAAAGCAAAGUGCUGCUAGUUUUCUUAAGAGAAUGAAAGGGGUUUCAUCAUCUGAAACCGUAGUAGAUACAGUGAAGGCUGAUUCCUCUAAUGGAAAGAGAGGAGCUGAACAGAGGAAAAGUAAUAGUAAGAAUGACAAAGUGGAUGCAGUAAAACAGCCUGCUGGUCAGAAACGAUUAACUGGGAAAAAGCCAACAAUUGAAAAGGGUAGUCCUGCAAAGAAAAACACUGGUGCCGCCUCUAAAAGAGGCACUGCUCCUCUAAUGACAAAGCGGGACAGUGAAACUAGUGAAAAGGAAACAGGUUCUUCUACUCGUCCCAAGAAACGUUCAAAGAGGUGAUGAGUUAUUGCAAUACUUAACUAUCUUCUAUAGGAUCAAGAAUUUCUAAGAAGUGUACAAGGCAGUCAUUUAAAAAAGAGUAUUGGAAUUG